AUGCGGGAAAUCGUGCACAUUCAGAUUGGCCAGUGUGGCAACCAGAUCGGAUCCAAGUUCUGGGAGGUGAUUGGGGAAGAACAUGGCAUCGACUGUGUUGGGAGUGACUGCGGGGCUUCUGCUGUUCAGUUGGAGAGGAUCAGUGUUUACUACAACGAAGCCUACGGGAAGAAGUACGUGCCCCGGGCCAUCCUUGUGGACCUGGAACCCGGGACGAUGGAUAGCAUCCGAUCCAGCAGAUUAGGAGCGCUCUUUCAGCCUGACAAUUUUGUUCACGGUAACUCGGGCGCCGGUAACAACUGGGCCAAGGGCCACUACACAGAGGGAGCAGAGCUGAUCGAGAAUGUCAUGGACGUGGUGAGGAGGGAGAGCGAGAGCUGCGACUGCCUUCAGGGUUUCCAGAUGGUGCACUCUCUAGGUGGGGGCACUGGCUCGGGCUUGGGCACCUUGCUCAUGAACAAGAUGAGGGAGGAGUACCCAGACCGGAUCCUAAACUCCUUCAGCGUCAUGCCGUCCCCCAAGGUGUCGGACACGGUGGUAGAGCCCUACAACGCCGUGCUGUCCAUCCACCAGCUGAUUGAGAACACCGAUGCCUGUUUCUGCAUCGACAACGAGGCGCUCUAUGACAUCUGCUUCCGCACCCUGAGGCUGACGACACCCACCUACGGGGAUCUCAACCACCUAGUGUCCUUGACCAUGAGUGGGAUCACUACCUCACUGCGCUUUCCCGGCCAGCUCAAUGCAGACCUGCGCAAGCUGGCAGUGAAUAUGGUACCCUUUCCUCGCCUUCACUUCUUCAUGCCUGGCUUCGCUCCACUCACGGCCCAGGGUAGCCAGCAGUACCGAGCUCUCUCAGUGGCUGAGCUCACCCAACAGAUGUUUGAUGCCCGCAACAUCAUGGCUGCCUGUGACCCUCGCCGUGGCCGCUACCUGACUGUGGCUUGCAUCUUCCGGGGUAAGAUGUCCACUAAGGAAGUAGACCAACAGCUGCUGUCCAUUCAGACGAGGAACAGCAACUGCUUCGUGGAUUGGAUUCCCAACAAUGUCAAGGUGGCUGUUUGCGACAUCCCACCUCGGGGGCUGAACAUGGCAGCUACCUUCCUGGGUAACAACACAGCCAUCCAAGAGCUCUUCACCAGGGUCUCUGAGCACUUCUCAGCCAUGUUCAGAAGGAGAGCUUUUGUGCACUGGUACACAAGUGAAGGGAUGGACAUAAGCGAAUUUGGGGAAGCUGAGAGUGACAUCCAUGACCUGGUGUCUGAGUACCAACAAUUUCAAGAUGCCAAAGCAGGGCUGGAGGACCGCGAAGAGGGUGGGGAGGAGGAGGAGGCACAAAUGGAGACAGAAGAUAAAGAAUAUUAG